ACCCCUUUCUCUAUUUUCUCUAUUCUGGAAACAAUGUGGGGGAAGGAAAAAAGAGACAACGACAAUGAAUGAUGCCCACAAUGGUAAUGGCAGCGACAUAGAAGGAAGGGGGGAAAAUACAGAGGCGGCCGGCGACGGUGAUACGCCGGCGAUGAUAAUGGCGAUGGCCACAACAGUAAGAGAGGAGAGGAGAAGGAGCAAGCUCGGGCGACUUCAAUGCUGAUUAUGGCGCCAGUGUCAGGGAAAGAGCCGACUCCGGCGGCUUGCAAUUAGGGUAAAGCUUUUUCUUUUAUUGUUUUAGUAUAUAUUUAUUUUGGAUUUCAACGAGUUUCUGAGUUGUCUUUAUUGGUUUUCGAUUAUGGAUGAAGUAAAGGAGGCAGUGGGAAUGGAAGGAAAAGAAGGCCUCCAGGCGCCCUGAGUUUCGUCCGAGGCGAGAAUGCCGACGGACGUUAAAUCUUCUUUUGGUGAGUUUUUUCUUAGUUGUGGAUUGUGUUUCGGUUUGAUUGGGGAGUAUUUCAGUGGCUGCAGUGGUGUGUUUGUGGCUACUGUUUGGGAUGAACAUAUAAUAGCG